UGUGGAAUAUGUAUGACUCGGCGUUGGGUAUCACCGCCGCGUCUUGGACCACCGACCCCAUUAGCGAGUCGUGGAUCACGAUCACUCGGGUGUUUUCCCCGGCGAGUGCGCGGAGGAGGUUUCUCACCGGGUUGCGGAGGAAGGACACUCGAUUGAAGGACUCGAGAAAGUGCGCGGGGAAUGCUGAGAUUGCCCGCGCCGGAGAGGCGGGUUUUGACGGAGUGGGAGAUUCGACGGCUCCGUCAUCCGGGAAUUCGUGGAAGUGGAUGUUGUCGGCGGAGAGAGGGUUCCAGCCGUGGACUCGCAACCGAGCCUGGCGGUUGUGGGUGGCGGUUCCGACGAAGUGGACGGGAAUGUGGUAAGAUGAAAUAAGGCGUGAUAGUUGAAGGAGUUGGUUGAGAUGGCCUUGAGCGGGAAAUGGGACCAUGACAACCGCCACUUUGGCGCCACCACCUCCUGCCGGAAGGACAUGGAUUUCUGGAGCCAUAUAUAUCAAGGGAGACUUCUAGGAACCCCCGGCCCAUGGGCCAUGGACUCCUAUUUCUCUAUCACAUGCCCAACAAGCCCAAGAAGCGCAGGAGGCCCAAGAUACAGCGGCCCAAGCUCAAAGUGGCCCACGGAACGCCCAGGGUAGCCUUCGGCAAUAUGGCUGAAGGCUCCAAAACUCACAGAACAGUCAUAUUUGAGCAUCUGAAGCUACUGGGAGAAAAUGGCAGAAAACAGGAGCCUUCGGCAUUAGUUGAGCCCUCGGCAUCAGAGGAGCCUUCGACUGAACCAAGCCCUCGGCUGAGUGAAGAGCCCUCGGCUAACAGACUCAAUCAUCGAAGAUUCCCUUUGGAGACAGCCAACCACCGCAUUUAAUGCGACGUCACAUCCACCCGCCGCAUUUAAUGCGGUGCACAUGCGAGUGCCGGUGGCACCUCGAUUGAGGUGACCCCUCGGCCGUUAGAUUACUGACACGUGUACUCUCAUCACAUUUAUUGCUGCUAUAAACAGCAGCCCUUAUUCCUCUUGUAAAGGACCAGAACAUCUCGAGUUCAUUGAUACAAUC